AUGAUACAUUUUGCAUCAGCUGUCUGUGCUGCCUUGCAACAAGACUACAGCUCGCUUAAUGUUGAUCUGUCUAGUGUAGCCCACGUCACUGCUCUUUUUUCCUAUCCCAACUGUGCCACGCGUUGCCCAAAUCCCCCACCUAGUCUCGACGAUACCGUCAAGCAUUGGCUGGCUGACAGUGUCCGUCGUGAUGGGUAUAGAAAUGCUACCAUAAGCAUUCAUCGGGAACAUGACAAUAUCACAGCCACGAUUACCGGCGUGCCUCCCGAUUACGGCCAAUUCAUUACGAGCUUCCUGGACCAAGGGUCUUCCGGGCUCUCUGAUACAGAGAGGUUGAAGAAAGAUGGCAAGUGGAAGAAUGACUGGUACUACUUUCUCCCGCUAGGCAUGGCUUUGCGGAACCACCCUACCGUGCAGCUCUUGCAUUUUCCUCCGGAUACGGUUAUGAUGCAAACCCAGGAUUACCUCAAAGCCGCUACCACUCGACGCUGGGCUAACUUGUUGAUGAUCAACGGAGUUGUGGACAAGGAGACGGACAGCUACCAGCGGAUCAUGGAUAUUGCACCCAUCGCUGCGCCCGCUAGCGCCGGGGCAGAACUGGAGGGCAUCUAUGAUUACUACAACGAGUACAGCAGCAAUCUAGUCCGAGAAUGGACGAGACCCAUGGUGAACAGCCACACACCGCGGCCCAUGGUUGCCUUUGGGGGCCCUGCCCGCCAGUGGCUAGCGGACUAUUAUAAGCUGCCUAAAGUAAACGUGCUUACUUUGACAAAUAUCACUCCGGUUGGAGGACAGAUAGUGCCGGUCUUGGGAGCGAACCACCCGAGCAAAAUCUGGUACGCUGCAAACAUCACUCUCAAUCAUGGAAACGAGACCCAAGCAGAUAUCGUUGGCUUGCGAACCAUGACGGAAGACCUCACAAGUGCUUGUUGGCAGGCCAGCAUGGGCAAAGACGCAGCCAGUAACCCGGCAGUUGCCCUUCAAAAAUGCUCGGUGCAGUGGCAGCAAACAAGGAGGAAGGAAGCGUGCAAGUCAUUCUACACCUCUAUACGCCAUCUCAGUGAGCCAGCAGCUGAGAAAAAGUGUAGUACUUAA